AUGCGUGUGUUGCAGGUGUCAUACGUGAUCAGAGACGAGGUGGAGAAAUAUAAUCGUAAUGGAGUCAACGCACUUCAGCUGGAUCCGGCUCUGAACCGGCUCUUCACCGCCGGGAGAGACUCCAUCAUCAGGAUUUGGAGCGUUAACCAGCACAAGGAUCCAUACAUUGCAUCGAUGGAGCAUCACACAGACUGGGUCAAUGACAUCGUCCUCUGCUGCAACGGGAAAACACUGAUAUCAGCAUCGUCAGACACCACGGUGAAGGUCUGGAACGCACACAAGGGCUUCUGCAUGUCCACACUGCGAACGCACAAGACAGCGUCUUCUCUCAGUGGGAACAAGGACUCCAUCUACAGUCUGGCCAUGAAUCAGAUGGGGACGGUUAUAGUGUCAGGAUCCACUGAAAAGGUUCUGAGAGUGUGGGACCCGCGAACCUGUGCCAAACUGAUGAAACUGAAAGGACACACAGAUAACGUCAAAUCGCUGCUGCUCAACAGAGACGGGACUCAGUGUCUCUCAGGGAGCUCAGACGGGACGAUCCGGCUCUGGUCUCUGGGUCAGCAGAGGUGCAUCGCCACGUACCGCGUUCACGACGAGGGCGUCUGGGCGCUGCAGGUCAACGAGGCCUUCACGCACGUGUACUCCGGAGGCCGCGACCGGAAGAUAUACUGCACAGACCUGCGCAGUCCUGACAUCCGUGUGCUGAUCUGCGAGGAGAAGGCUCCUGUGCUGAAGAUGGAGCUGGACCGCUCGGCUGAUCCGCAUUCGGCCAUCUGGGUUUCCACCACGAAGUCCACGGUUAAUAAGUGGUCUCUGAAGGGUAUCCAUAAUUUCCGAGCGUCUGGUGAUUACGACAAUGACUGCAGCGCUCCGCUGACGCCGCUGUGCACGCAGACAGAGCAGCUGAUCAAAGGUGGCGCCAGUAUAAUUCAGUGCCACAUUCUGAACGACAAACGACACAUUCUGACCAAAGACACCAACAAUAACGUGGCGUACUGGGAUGUGCUGAAGGCCUGUAAAGUCGAAGACUUGGGCAAGAUGGAGGUUGAUGAAGAGAACAAGAAAAGGUUCAAGAUGGUUUAUGUGCCGAACUGGUUUUCGGUGGAUCUGAAGACAGGGAUGUUGACGAUAACGCUGGACGAGAGCGACUGCUUUGCAGCCUGGGUUUCUGCUAAAGAUGCUGGCUUCACCAGCCCUGACGGAUCCGACCCUAAACUGAAUCUGGGCGGGCUGCUGCUGCAGGCUCUGCUGGAGUACUGGCCUCGCACUCACACCAACCCCACGGACGAGGAGACCGAACUCAAUCAUGGGAGCGUGAACGGUGAGCACGAGAGCCGGAUACAGAAGGGAAACGGAUAUUUCCAGGUGCCGCCGCACACGCCGGUGAUUUUCGGUGAAGCGGGAGGAAGGACGUUAUUCAGGCUGCUGUGUCGAGACUCCGGUGGAGAAACUGAGUCCAUGUUACUCAACGAGACGGUCCCGCAGUGGGUCAUCGACAUCACCGUGGACUAUCUCACAGAAAAAAACAUGCCCAAAUUCAACAAAAUCCCGUUCUACCUCCAGCCCCAUUCGUCCUCUGGAGCAAAGACGUUAAAGAAGGAUCGUUUGUCGGCCAGUGACAUGUUACAGGUGAGGAAGGUGAUGGAACACGUGUAUGAAAAGAUCAUCAACCUGGACAGCGAGUCGCAGACAGGCGGUUCGGCCGCAGAGAAGCCCAGCGAGCAGAAAGAGGAGGAGGAGAUGGCAGUGCUAGCGGAGGAGAAGAUUGAGCUGCUCUGCCAAGACCAGGUUCUGGAUCCCAACAUGGACCUGCGAACGGUCAAGCACUUCAUCUGGAAGAGCGGCGGCGACCUGACGCUCCACUACCGGCAGAAAUCCACGUGAGGAUUUGACGCUGACGCGGAAACUCCGUUCGUAACACUUCACAUUCAAAGCACACGCUCACCUGCACUUCCUGAUUCUGUCUGACGUCUACGGGCCGCUCGGCUCACGCAUGAUUAUCCGAGUGUGAACGGGAAGGAGGAUCUUUUCUGGGCAUGAAUUCUCUCUUGAUGGAUGUUUUUUUUUUACCGCCUCUUCCUCCUCUUCUCAUUUAACAUUCCAGUGAUGUGUUUGUUAGCAAUGACGUCAUCAAAUCCAGUCAAAGCCGAGGAACUGGUUUUUAAACAUUCGUGAAUGUUUAAGGAGCGCCGCCGAUGAAACCGAACAUCUGAGAAAGCUCCAAGAACGCCAUUUCCCAUGAUGCAUCUCUCUCUCUCUCUCACACUAACGUGCCGCGAUCAUCAGUGCAUCCGUUUUGUACAUAUAUUGUAAUUAUUUUGUAGUCGACUUGAGUUGGAGAUUAGGAGGGGUUUUAUUUACGUUUCUUUUUAAGAAAAUGUACGGUAUCUUUUUCAUGUAAAAUAUGAUGACGGGAGUGUAGAGAGUGGAAAAACUCAAAACGUUAUAAGCAGACAUAGAAACAAAUGUUUUUUUAAAGGAAUAGUU